AUGAGGGGUUUUUUGUGUGGCGUUGAAGGAGGCGCAUCUGCGUCAGAAGUAGUCAUCUUAUCUAGUGAUGGAGAAGAAUGCGCAACAGUGAGAGGUCCUCAUUUAAACCAAUGGAUUAUAGGACUCUCAAAGUCAGUUUCUCGAGUCAUUGCAUUAGUAGAAGAGGCAUUGAGAAAGGCGAAUUUGCCUUUAAAUACAAAUUUUUUGUCAAUGGGUCUAGCUUUAAGUGGUAUUGAUUCCAAUGAGAAUGCUAGAGAUUUUGAGAAUGAAAUUCGUCGAGUGAGACCCGAAAUUGCGAAUCACAUUUACGUCUGCAACGACUGCCUUGGAACCAUUUUCACUGCGACAGAUAAAGGAGGUGUCGUCCUUAUUUCCGGAACCGGUUCAAAUUGCAAGCUUAUUCGUGAGGACCUUUCAUCUGAUGGCGUUGGAGGCCAUGGUUACAUGCUCGGAGAUGAAGGUUCCGCAUUCUGGAUUGCACACCGAGCAAUUAAAACCUACCUGGAUAAUGAUGAAGGCCUUGAAAUGACCUCCUAUGACACUUCUGUUAUCAAAGGGGUUAUCUUCGAUUACUUCGGUUUGAAAAAAAAUGCGGACAUUCUGACUCCCCAUUAUUAUAAUUUUGAUAAAUGCUAUUACGCUGGACUUUGCAAGAAGGUUGCUGAAUUGGCCCGACUUGGAGAUCCUUUGGCUCAACAUCUCUUCUACAAAGCCGGUUUCGUAUUGGGAGCACAUGUAAUGGCUGUACUUCGCAAAGCCGAUUUCGAAUGGCUUAUGAGGCCCGAAGGCGUUAGUGUGGUAUGCAGAGGUGGUGUUUUCAAUAGCUGGGAUCUUCUUGAGCAAGGGCUAGAAACUGGGCACCUAAAUACUGGUUCAAAUAAUGAAUUAAUGGAACUUACAAUUGCAGGUUUCGCUGACCGAGUAGUCCCUGACCUACGAACAAAGAAGAUUGGCACUGCGAUUCAUUUGGUGCUACUUACAUCUUCGGCGGCAACCGGUGCUGCUUUUUUAGCUGCUCACUUCAAACUUGGACAGAGCUAUCCACGCAAACAUCAGGAAAAACUCCUAGCCACAUUCCAAGCUUAA